AAAACGAUCUGCGCAUGAUGCUGAAUGCUCCGAAGAAAAAUUCAACAAAUACACAGAGCAAAGAUGUAACUGUUGUUAGCCCUGAUAAACAAGCGCAAAUGACAACCCCUAAUCGAAAAUCACCUACUCAGGGAUCAGCUUCUGGAAAGGUAAAUUAAAUGAAUUGUAGUUGAGUGGAUUGAUUCCAUGUCUUCUUCUUCUUCUUCUUCUUCAGAAUGAUGCAAAGAGACAUGUGAAUUGGAACUUUCAGUUAUUUUUUUUAAUUGCAUUUUUGGCAGGCGAGAAGAAGAGGAUCUGCAAAUAGUACUCCAAAGAAAAAUUCAACAAAUACACAGACGGAAGAUGUAGCUGUUGUUAUGCCUGAUUUGCGGUUAGAGGCAAGGUUGACAGCCCAGGAAAAUUCACGGAUGUUUGCAGGAAAAAAACUUCAUCCCUUUUUUUCAUCUUGGAAGGAAGACAAGAAAAAUCGAGGGGUAAUUGAUGCAGAGGGUAAAAAGUUAGCAGUUGGUAGGCAAAAUAAAGAGAAGACUUGUGCCCCGAUUCAUGUAUUUGAAAGAAGCCAGGACACUGACAUGCCCCUUGACUGGGGCACCUGGAAAUUUUCUGAGGAGAUCUUUAGGAGAAAUAUUUGUGACCUAGAAAGCACAUGCGAAUCUAUUGUUGAAGGCUCCAUUGAGUGCUUAAGUUUUCAAAAGUUUCCCCUCAUUUUACACCCCGACAAUGCAUCAAGUUUUCAGGAUAAUGUUUUUUCAGAAUGUGUUAUUCAAGACGAUUGUAUUUAUGAAACAUUUCCAACUGAUGAUGAAACAGAGGUAUGUUAG